AUGGUGAACACGGGCAUGCAGCUGAUCAGCUUCACCUGCGCCGUGACCGGCUGGAUCAUGGCCAUCGCCGUGACGACGCUGCCCCAGUGGAAGGUGUCGGCCUUCAUCGCCAGCAACAUCCUCACCUCCGAGGUGAAGUGGGAGGGCAUCUGGAUGAACUGCGUGUACCAGACCACGGGCCACAUGCAGUGCAAGACCUACGACUCCAUGCUGGCGCUGCCGCCCGACAUCCAGGCGGCGCGGGCCCUCAUGUGCGUGGCCAUCUUCAUGGGCUGGCUCUCCUGCACCGUGUCCUGCUGCGGCAUGAAGUGCACCACGUGCGCCGGCGACGACCGCCGCGCCAAGGCCGGCAUCGCCCUCUCCGGCGGCGUGCUGUUCAUCGUCACGGGCCUGUGCGUGCUGGUGCCCGUGUCCUGGAUCGCCAACACGGUGAUCCAGGACUUCUACAACCCGGCGGUGCCCACCAUGCACAAGCGGGAGCUGGGCCAGGCCAUCUACCUGGGCUGGGCCUCCGCCGUGCUGCUGAUGAUCAGCGGCGCCGUGCUGAGCUUCACGUGUCCGCACGCGGAGGAGAGCGUGGGCUACCGCCGCGGCGGCUACAUGGGGCGGAGCUUCGCCAACACGCCCGCCAUGGCGCCGGACCCCCCGAAGCCCAUCGUCAACAACUACAGCCUGCCGAUGAAGGAGUACGUUUAG